UCUAAAGCCCUUUGGGCUAAAAAUUGGUGUUUGGGGAAAUUUUUUAGAAACCCCAUUGAAGGAAAGUUGGCCUUCAAAAGGCCAAAAGCCCAAGGCAGCAGGAGAGGAGCAUUGGGCAUUUCAGCAUUCUCGGCAAGCUGAAGGAGGGAAUAAAGAAUUCUUUUUUAUUGUCGAAAUUGCCCUCAUAAAUUUACCUAAUUUCCACUUUAACCCUUUCUUUGCUUCUAACCCUAAAAGCCAUCCCUUACGCCUCAGCCGCAACCCCACGCCCUUCACCUCCUUCCAGAGAAACGCUACUACGUAGAGCUUCCCUCCCAAAACCAAGGAAAAAAAGAAGAAGAAGAGCAAACCCUAAUCCUCAAAUCCCCUCUCUGCGCUCUCUCCCCUGUGGCCUUCGUUUCUUGUUCUCCUGCGCUGGUCCGUCCCUCUCUUCGUCGCACCGGCUCCCGCGCCUACACCCACCGACCGCCCCUCUUUGGGCAUCUGCACGCUGCUUCGUGAUGAUGGCAAGUUCAUCAAAGGAAAAGGCAUAUUGGAGCCCGGAAGAUGUAGAAACUUUUUGUCAAUUGUGCAUUGAACAAAUUGAAAAAGGCAAUCGGCCGGCAAGCAAUAAAAGGGAUGGAUGGACAGCCAUAAUUAACAAGUUUGAGGAGCUAAGGGGCAAAAAGUUUGAUAAAAAUCAAAUGAAGACUAAGUGGGAUAAUUUGAAGGAAGAAUGGAAAAAAUGGAAGCAAUUGAUUCAAAAGGAAACGGGACUAGGAUGGGAUCCAAGGAAGAAAACCAUUGAUGCGAGUGAUGAAUGGUGGGAGAGGAAAAUUAAGGCCAAUCCUAAACUUAAAGUUUUUCGAACGAAAGGAAUACAUCCGGAGCUUAAAGCUUUGUUGGAUAGAAUGUUCGAGGGUACAGUUGCUACUGGAAGUAUCACAUGGAAUCCUGCCCAAGGUUUAUGCAAUGAUGAGGAUAUUGAGGCCACACAAGCUGAUAUUGGUGAUUGUGUAGGAUCUACUGAUGAUACUUUAGAGUGCAAUGUAGGUGAAAAGGUAGUUGAACCAAGUCAAAGUAAUAGCCAUAAAAGAGCGGCGGAGAGUUCAAUAAGGCAAGCUCGAGGGAAGAAAGAAAAAAAAGUGACUGGACCGACCAAGUUAGCAUCGCAAAUUGACAGACUUUGUUCAGCUGUUGAAAGUAGGAGCAAUGCGACAUCUAUUGCAAGGGAGUUUGAUCCUUACAAAGAAAUUAUGCAAACAUUGAAAGCCAUCCCUGAGAUUAAGCAAGACCGAAAGUUAUACUUUUUUGCACUCUCACAUUUUGCUGAAAAGAAAGACAACAGGCAAAUUUUCAUGAACUUGGAUGGAGAUGAAGAAAAGGUCGAGUGGCUCAAGUUUAAGUUGGAAGAGCACAAUAGUCAUCGCUAGAAUGUAGCUACUUGUUUGAACUCUUUCUACAUUAUUGUAACGUGACAUAUAUUUUCAAUUGGUGUUUUGCACUGUGUUUGCACUACUUGUGAACGCUAUUUCUAUUUAUGUUCUAAUGUGAGACAUGUUUUCAGUUGGUGUUUUUUUUAUUGGGUAAAGUUUGCAUAUAUAUGAUGGAUGAUAUAAUUGUUCCAUCGAUGGAUGAUCUAUAUUAUUCAUCACUUUUCUUAUUGUAACUCUAUAUUUUGUUACUUCGACAGUUAUGGAUGAUUCUCCUGAAUGGGAAGACCAUGAAAAUGGGGAAGAGGAAUAUUGGCAACUUGUGGGAGUUGGUCAAUGUGCAGUCGCUUAUCAGGCAAUAUACAGUUACAAAGUACCUUGUAUGACAUCUUCACAUACUGGAAAUGCAUGGUUAGAAGAGCUGAUGAGCGAAGAUGCUAAUCCGAUAAGGUGCUAUCAAAUGUUUAGAAUGGAUAAGAUUGUAUUUAAUAGUUUAAUGCAUGACUUAGUGACACACUAUGGUCUUCAAGGAACUAGGAAUAUUGAUGUUACAGAAAUGCUUGGAAUGUUUCUUCACAUUUUAGGACACGGUGUAGGUAACAAGUUAACACAGGAGCGUUUUCAACGUUCCAGGGAAACCGUGAGUAGGUACUUUAGCUUAGUAUUAAAUAAAGUAUGUGAAAUGGGAAAAGAUUUGAUCCAACCAAUUGAUCGGCAAUUUAGGGAAGUUCCAAAGAAGAUCAGAAAUAAUCGAAGAUUUUAUUCAUAUUUUAAGGAUUGCAUUGGAGCUAUUGAUGGCACACAUAUCCCAGCGGUGGUACCUUUGCACGAUCAGAUUCGUUUUAUUGGUCGAAAAGGAACACCGACUCAAAAUGUAUUAGCGGUGUGUAAUUUUAACAUGGAAUUUACUUAUGUUUAUGCGGGUUGGGAGGGACAAGCUCAUGAUACUCGUAUUUUCUACGAAGCCCUCAGAAGAUUUGAUGUACAAUUUCCUCAUCCUCCUCUAGGUAAAUAUUAUUUAGUAGAUGCCGGAUAUCCAAAUCAAACAGGUUAUUUGGGGCCAUACAAAGAAGUUAGAUAUCAUUUGCCAGAAUUUCGACAAGGUCCUGCACCUUCAGGUUAUCAGGAGGUAUUCAACCGUCAUCAUUCAUCGCUAAGAUCAAAAAUUGAGCGAGCCUUUGGUGUAUUGAAGAAGAAGUGGAAGAUUCUAAAGCAUAUGCCAAGUUAUCCAUUUGAGAAGCAAGUGAAAAUUGUUGUAGCAAUAAUGACCUUGCACAAUUAUAUACGAAGAAACGUCGUCAGUGAUAAACAUUUUGCAAGAGCAGAUUUGGAUCCCAAUUAUGGAUAUUCAGUUGAUCUU